UACAGCGGCCGGUCAUAACUAAUCUAUUUACAAUUUACGCUAAUAUUUUACUAAAAUCAAGUACUUCUUUUAUAUUUAUGUUCAACAUUCAGUAUUACUAAUUUAUCUAUGGCGUGACUUAACAUAUCACGAAUAUUUGACAUGUUUUAUGUUUAUUUUUUCAUAUGCUAUGUUACCACAGAACAAGCCCUGUGUAUGUUAUAGUGUGACUAAACCAUAGAGUAUAUAAUAAUGAGUGAUGUGUUUUUAAGUUGUAUACCACAAUGUUUUUAUUAUUUUUCUAUGAUUAGUGCUAUUUUAUCAUAUUAUAACGAAUUUUGAUUUCGGUAUUUUGGUGUUACACGAUUUUUAUUAACACUAGUUAGACAUUUAAAUUUCGUGGUUUUUGAAGCGUUUUUACUUAAUUUAAAAAUUUAUAUUUUUUCUUAACAAUGACUUUGGUGGAUUUUAAUGAUGUCGUAUUACCGGGCUACGACGUUUCUGAUAUAGUUCUCAAAGGAGAUACUUGUAAAAGAAGUGAAAAAACCAUUGGUCCAGGAUUGAAGAGUGUCAACAACAAAAUAAUCGUAUGUAACGGUGGAAUAUUAAGAAGUAAAGAUGACAAAUAUUUUUGGAUAGAAUAUUUAAAAAAAAAAUACUCACCAUCUAAGGAUGAUGUCAUAGUGGGUAUAGUAGCUGCUAAAACAUCUGAAAUGUAUAAAGUUGAUAUUGGAGCUUCUGAACUAGCUACUCUUCCAUACUUAGCAUUUACAAAUGCUACCAAAAAAAAUAGACCCGACAUCAAAGUAGGAGAUGUUGUAGCAGCUAAGGUUAAAGUGGCAACACCUUUUAUGGAAUCUGAGAUCAGUUGUGUAGAAUAUGCUAACAGCAUUAUUCUUGGUCAGUUAGAAAAUGGUUUUUUGUUUAAUGUUAGUUUAAAUUAUGCAUUGAGAUUAAGGAAAUCAAAUUCAAAAUUACUUUAUCAUCUUGGACUGAUGGUUCCCUAUGAAAUUGUCAUUGGGGCAAAUGGAAAGAUUUGGAUUAAUAGUGCAUCAAUACGUACAACCAUCGCUAUAGGGAAUGCUGUACUAAAGGCAGAACAUCUAGAAGAAGAAGAUAUUCCACAGUUAGUAAAGAAUUUUAAUAAAAGUUUAAAUGUUUGAAGAUGUAUUUAUUUUUUUUUUUUAUUAUAAAUUUACUAUUUGAUCAAUAUAAGUUUUUUUUUUUAAAAACAAUUUAAGAUUUAUUUAUGUUAUAGACAAAAUCUGAAGACCUGUAAACAACUUA